AUGACUGCGCGUCAAAUUACAAUAAAUAACAUCGCUUUCGACAAACUCGACAAAUGCACAGAAAAAGCCUACAAAGAAUGUUAUGACAAUUAUGUGAGUGAUUUUCUGAAAGAAUCGCGAAAAUAUGCGACGCGAAAAAAUCGCUCUUGUCACAAGCGAAAUUCGCCAAUGACGGACGAAGAGAAAAGAGAGGAAAAUAAACGAAAUUCGCGGAAUUAUACAAAACGCAAUCGCGAAGAAAUUGAUUUUUAUCGCGCGAAAUUAAGCGACGAAAAAUUGCGAUUGGAGAACAAAUGUGAGGAAGCGAAUGAUUUGUUUGGGCCGAAAAUAGUAAAUCGAGUAAAAGACACGUUGAGAACAUCCGAAAUUAUAAUGCAAAAUAUAAUUGAGGAUGGAGAAGGAAAAAUGAAACACGAGUUAAUUGAGCAGAUAUUGAACAAUUAUGAAAUGAAAAAGAAAGAUGGACAUAAAAUGGUUUGGGAGAAAAAUGAAUAUAGUUUUGAGAAGGAUUAUAAUCAGUUGAAGAGAGAAUAUGAGGAUUUGUUGGCGUCCAAAGAACAAUAUGUUAGUUUUUUUGAACGUUUUCACCAAAUCUUUGGUGGCAUAAACUUAAAUAUUCGAAUUUUUAUAGCUUGAAACAAAAUUCCCAAUCCCCUGAAAAUCCCAAUUCUGAGCCGAGAAAUCUGAAAAUUCGGAUUUGUCGGCCAGUGAAACUUUAAUUUGAUGAUUAUUUGGAUUUCUAGGCCACCAACACGUGAAACUUGGCUUUCUAGGUCCUUUGAGUCUCAAAAUCAACUUAAUUUUUGAAAUUUGAUCCGGAAAUAUUAAAUUUCACCUCAUAAAUCCCAUUUCCAACCCAAUUUUUUUCCAGAUCGUUGAAAAAGGUCGUACAAAUUUCGCCUCAGCCAAAAGUCGUCUUUAUCAACGUGUUUUGCGAGCUGAAAUGAAACGAGAAUGUUAUAUUUUACACUGUGCUAUCGAAAAUCUCGAUCAAAAAAUUGUGUAUUUGAGACAGUGCGAUACAGAUUUGAAAACCGAAAUUUGGAAUGAAUUUUUGGCGCCAAUCGAUGAUUAUUUCAAUAUAUCUACAAGUUAUAAUAAACUCGGUUUGGAUUAUAUGAAUUGGAAAAUUAUUCGCGAAUUCUACAAAACUUAUGAAUUGCCUGUAAAGGUUCCUACACUUGCUGAAGUUGUUGAACAAUUUUUCGAGGAAAAUGGAGCGAUUUCGGCUGCUGUCAAAACUGAAAUCAAAGAGGAAGAGGUGGAAAUUGAGGAGACGAAAUAUUCGGCUGAUUCGCAAAUUUCAAAAGCCGCUGAGAAUAUGGAUUCUGAAUGGACUAUGAAACGUAUUCCUUGGGAACAAUUGAUUGGAGUUCCGGUGCCCGAGGCCGAUAAUGAGAUUACGGUAAGGGAUUUAGGGAGAAAGGUUGAGAAAAUUUGGGGUUUUGAGCCAAGAUUCGAAUUUAUAGGUCAUUUCAACAAUCUCGUUGAAUUAACACAAAUAAUUGUUCAAUUCAAAACCUCCCUAGUUCUCUCCGAGACCUAAAAUACAGUAACCUAGAUCAAAUAAUAUGUUUUCAGAUCUCCACCACUCCAACUCCACCAUUAUUACCAAUUUCUCCAACCAACGUGAAAAUCGAAGAACCAGAAGAUGAAGAAGAAGAACCAGAUGACUCAUUUUUCCAACUCUUAACUCAAGUUGCCCAAAGUUCGAAUAUCUCAAUUUCAAAAGACACACCACUUCGCGAUUUGUUGACAACUUCAAGGAUACGACGAUUCCCGCGAUAA